AUGGCUGCUGCCGAUCUCCUUCGAUGCUUCCGUGUAGCGGAGAAUUUCCCCGUCACAUUCCUCAAUUCACAGGACUCCGAGACCGUCCCUCUCUCCCCAGGUUUGAAUUCUGGGGGCUGGGGUGGGUUUAACGCCGAUCUUGGAAAGAAACGGGGUCCCAAGGGCGCCAAGAUAUGUACAUCCAUUAUCAGUCGACGGCGGUCAACGCCCGAAACUGAAUCUUGUGGGGAUAGGCAAAAUAAUCGGCUUGGAGAAAAGACGGGGUUUGAGCGUCUGGCCUUGGAAGUGGGUGCUGUUCCGGGGUUGCAGGAAUACUACUCCGUACCGCCCGUGCGAUACGAAGCAGAAGCUGGCACCAUGUGGGACGCUCUCGAGGAGAACAAGGGGAGCUCGAUUAGGCUUGAUUGGACAGAGCAUAUUGACUCUCCAGGCGCAUACGGCUCCCCCUCACCCAGCCUUAAUCAGGCUAAUCUGCUCUUGCCCGAAGGAAAGUCUCUACUCUCUAAUGGUGUGACGACGAUCCUUUCAUUUGCUGUUGGUUCAGGCGAGUCGCACAGAUUGAUUCGAAAUCUCCCUUCCAUAAACUCGAAGAAACUCUCCGAAUGA